AUGGCCGCGGCAGGCGCGAGGGCGCAAAAGCCUGUCGGCUCGGCACCAUGGAUUGCAGCAGAGAAGGAAAACAUGGCCGACCUAGUGGAACAAGAAAUGGAAGAGGUGGAAUACCCCGUUCGUCAUGAAAUGGCAUGGUUGAACGAACAUAUGACGGAGAUUUUGUCCACAGGCCAGACAAACUUUGCGGAUGUGUUCAAGACACCCGGAAAAAUGAGAGGCAAGACACCUCGAACUGCCAGGAAGCGUGCACCCGAAGAAUCUCGAGUGCCUUUAAGCGAAAUCUUCUCAUCUGCCCAGAAACAGUUAGAGAACCAUGCAAGCCCCAGCCCGUUCAUUCACCGCGUGGUUUCCAAGACCGCUCCUGUGGCAGCGUCCCCCGUGCCCCGCACCAAGGACGCGACGCAGCAAGCCUCACAACCUGAAUACCCUGACCUCACAGCGAACCUGAACUCAUUCCCCAAAUACAACACAGACUCGGGCUACCAUGGCAUGUCCGAUGCUGACGAAGUGGUAUUACCUGACGUGCAAUCAGAAUCACAGGCUUCAACCCAGCCUGCUACCCAGCCUUUAGAGCAAGAUGAAGAGAUGGACAUGGACACGCAAGACAUCGACACUUCCGCUGUUCAACAAACAAACGAAGAGUCUUUCCAUUCCGCGCAAGAGGACGUUCGUUCUCGAGGAGGAACCGUCGAACCAAACAACAAGGAUCCGACCCCGACCCCGACCCCGACCCAGGAGCGGACCAAAGCGCCAACCGCAGCGUCAGCCAAAGAAAGUAGCGCUGAACUGGGCUCAACUCCAGUCAAGAAGACCAAGUCGAAACCCAAAAUGAAGACGGUGGAAAAGCAACAAAAGAAGGAACCUGAGUCCAAGGAUUCCCCUGAACCCAUCUCGAGGCCCGAAACAUCGCCGGAGAAGAUGCCAGCGCCUCCCGUGGCUGCGCCUGUGGAGGUUCAGAAGGAUCGGCCGGAAGACGAGGUAAUGGAAGAUGCAACAGAAGAUCCCAUGAAGGACGACACUGUUCUCGAUAAUCUCGAUGAUAUCGGUUCUCCCUCGGACGGCUCUACUCCUGAGCGGCUCCCUGUUCGGAAAAGUAGCCUGAGCUUUGCAUCUCUACCUGCGCGCGAGCCAUUGAAGAGCUUGGGGGGCUCGAGACUUUCUCGGACAAGCCACAUCGACAUCUCGAAAAUGAACAACCCCCGUGCCAGUCACUUUGGUAGGCAGACCGGUGGCCACAAAAUGACCCAAUCUGCCGCGGAAGAAGACACUAGCCCCGGUGCUAUGGAUAUCGAUCACGAGAAGGAGCGUAGUGAUGAGGCGGAACCUGAACAGGCUACCAGAACGCACAGCAAAAAGUCCACUCAAACUUUGCACGAAAGAAUCAGCAUGUUGGGCAAAUUACAGCCUGUUUCUCGUCCACGGAAAUCGAUUCCGUCCUCUACUGGUGUUCCAGCUGGCCAGGUUGCAUAUCCAGACCUUGCUCCCUCCAAACCCGAGACCAAACCCGAGCCUUCUGGCCACAAGACCCAAGAAACACCUGUUUUGGAGCCUACUCCAGCUGAUGAUGACUGGAUCAAGCCCCUUAGCUCUCCUCAGCGACCCGAAUUUAGCAAGAGCAAGACGACCGGCAUCAUGGAGAAGCUUUCUGAGCUUGAGAAGGAGCGGGCAGCAGAGAAGAAGGACAUGCCGAAAACAGAGCCCGAGCGUCCAAAGUCAUCUGCCUCCAUUUUCUCCUCUCCACGGCCACACGGACACCAACAGAGCGCUUCCCUGUCUCGGAUACCCGCCGAUAUAUCUACGACACCCACAGGGUCUCCCAGGCGCUUCGACGGUCAUAUCAGUGCUUCUAAGCUCCGGCUGCACUCGAUUAUGAAAUCCGCUAAGGGGCUGUUCUCAAGCACUGGAAACACACCAAAGUUAGAACCCUAUUCACCGGAGCAGCCGCGCCCUCAAACGAGUGCUGGUGUUUUCAACCGAAAGAUUGACUUCGAGGCCCAACCAGUGCAGCCCCCUAGUCCCACGCGUCAGGAAGGGCGUCGCACGCGAAGCUCGACUGAGAAAGAACAAAAGCGGCGACAGCAUGAACGAGAGGAGCAGGAAAGAGAGGAACAAGAAGAGGAGGCGCGUGCUGAGAAGGCCAGGGAGCAAGAAAAGCAAAAGGCCCUCCAGCUCAAAGCUGCUCACAACAAAUCCUCAGUCGAACCAGAGGAGAGAUCAGGGCCCGUGGUGUCUAAGAACCCUCAACCACAGCGCCAGCAAUCCCGCGAGCCUGAGUCAUCUCGAGAGACGAGUUCAAGAUUUGCCAUUCCUCAGCCCAAGCAAACCGAGCGCCGACCCCUCAAGCCAACCCGGGAGACCUUGCAAAAGCCAACACCGCAGCCAAUGUCAAUUCGUGUGGGUAGUACCUUGUCUCGUCAGAUUGCUAUGCCUGCAUCCUCUGUCGCUCAAGAGUCAAGUAUUCCCGCAGCUGCUCCUGCUCCUGCUCCUGCGCCCAAGCCAACUCUGAAAAAGAAGGGUAGCAACACUUCCUUGCACACAUCCUCUUCCGCGGGUAGCUUCAAGAGCUCUAUCUCAAGUCAAACCCAAGCGGCCCAGCGGAAAGCGCAGGUGGCUAGCAAGAAAGAGCAGGAAGAUCGUCGGAAGGAGGAGCAAAGGCGUGAGCUUGAACGCAAACGUGCUGCUCAGCAAGAAGAGGCACGCCGCCAAGAAGAAGCUCGUCGACAGGGGAUGAGGAGCCGUGCCGAGAGCCGUGCGGAGGCUGACCGAGAGCGCCGUGAACGCUCCGCUCAGGAAGAUCCUAAGAGAGCUGCUCAAAUGGAAGCGAUUAGGAGGCGCCAGCAAGAAAAUGCACGGGGUCAUGGAAGGCAAGGUAGUCAGCAGAUCGCCAACGAGGGGCCCAUUCUUCAACAUGAGAAGCCAUCUCAGUCAUCUCAGCGUAGUGAUCUGGGUUCUUCUCGUCCCCCUUCUCGGCUGGGUGGCUCUAUGCAGCCACAUGCUCGCAUCAAUCCCCCUGCGCCCAACCCUGCCAAGCCGCCCAAGAGGGUCAUGAACGAUGACAGUAGCCAUCGACCCGCAGUCUCUAAGCCCAGCAAUGUCCAAUCGACUGGCGAUGCCAAGCGGCGCAAAACGGAAGAUGAGCAUAAUCCUAUGCAACCCGUCCGCACGAUCAUGCCGGGACCCCCUAUGCCUGGACAACCUAUGCGUCAAUCAUAUAUCAGAAAGCCAUCUAUCUCUACAUUCAAUCAUGGACAGUCCUCCAUGGCCCACCAGUCUGGGUCUUCCAUCUUCAAGAACAGUGCCCCACAGCGCCCAGCCCACCCCGGUGAGAUGGGCAAGUUCGCGACAGGCAAGAUUCCCUUUGCUGAAUCCAACCCUGCACCUCCGCCGGCCGCACAAAGGGCUCCCAACUCUGCCCAGCGCCCGGCAGCCAAGCCAUCUCCCAAGUACCCCAGUGGUGAGAAUGUCCACCUGCCGGAGAUCAACACCGACAGUGAAGACGAUGAUGAUUCCGACUCUGAGAUGUUCCCUGUGCCCAAGUGGGCUCAACCUAAGGAGCUGGAGGGUCUUCUCCGGCAGCAAGAUGGUAUGGAGGUUGACUCGAUCUUUGGCCCGAUCGCACCCUUCUCUCUCGAGGACACCUUCAAGGCAGACAAGAAGAUCAAGAAGUACCGGGAUCGUACUAGCAGUGCUAAUUGGUCUGGUCCCGAUGGACUUACCCAGGAGGAGAUCCGAAAGGAUGUGGCGGAUCGACAACGGUUGCGACUCAAUGGUGGAUGGAGUUUCAAUUCGUGA